AUGAACUGGUUUGAUCUACACAAAGAAUUUCCUGAUUCUCAUCUUCCGAAUACGUCACGUUCACAAACUUCCAAUAAUCCAGAUGAUAAAACUAAAUAUUUCUUAGAAGAAUCAAUCAGUGAUAAAGAGCAACUGGCAUUUCAGUCAAAAGAUACGAAUAAUUUUCUAAAUACUAAAUUUGUUAUUACUAAUAGUUUACCGAAGAACUUUGUCCGUAAAAUCUACAAAACUAUACAAAAUCAUCCUCUGUAUAGUUGGCAACAAGCACAUGGUGAUGGAAUUUGUACUUAUCGUGCAGUACUUAUGCGUGCGAUGGCCGAAACAAUAUGUUCUGAACUACCUGGAGCAGCAAAAGCACUAGCUUUUGUAUAUUUUCUAGGACUUCAUGGAUCUCCUAGAUCACCGCGUCAGAUGAACAAAUCUGGCUAUUACGCGUCUCAAUAUAUGCCUUUCUACAUGAAAAUGUCAGAUGGUUUUCGUAUUCCACUUCGAGAAAAUAUGAUUUCUUGUCUAAAUUCCAUAAGAAUCCCACAUGUAGCAUUAUGUGUCAAUGUAGAUGGUGAAGGACCAAUGGUUAUCGAUCCUGCCUAUGCAAUCGAUUCUAUUUCUGACGACUUAUUGACUAUAAAAGAUUGGAUCAAGCAGUUAAAUGAAUACAAUAGUUCCGAUGAACAUAUCGAACAUGGAUAUGUAACAAUUCAAUCCGAAUGGUAUCCUUGGACAAUGAGUCAUUUAUAUUUAUUAACAGGUGGAGAAGCAUUAUUAUCAACUGAAUUAUUAACUAUGCCCACUCUAGAACAUAUUAUUAAUGUUUUAACUAUGUAUCGUUUGAUGUGGUCAGAAAAUCUACCUACAAUAGACCACAUACCAACUCUAGAAGAAGUAAAUGUUUAUUUUGAAGAAUUUGCUAUGAAACACAAUCAAAAAAAUGACUUAAUACUGUAUAUGAAUGAUGUUAAACAAUAUGUAAAACAACUUGGAAAGAAUUUUCCUCCCCCAGGUCCAACUCCUCUUCUUCCACCACCAAAGCCAGUUUAUGUCAUUUUGAACAAGGACAUGGUUACAAUUACUACCUCUCUCACAUUUAAUGGUCAUUUUCUACAAAACUAA